AUGGCGGCGAAAGUUCAGAAGACAGUAAUGGCCGGUGACUCUCCUCUCUUCCCCUUACUCCUUGUCGGAAAGAAGAGGUCCAAUUUGGAAACUUUGAAAAAUCUUCAGAGUUCGACAAUCCCAGGUUCGCAUUCGGAACUAAUCCAAAAUCCAGAGGGAGCCUACAACAAGCUCCUACAACUCACUCAAAAUCCUCAUCAAACUAGAAACGAACCCGAAAUCAAAUCAAAGUCCGAUGCAAUGUCGUUUUCAUUUUCGCGGUCCCUCCCAACCUCAUCAAGCACCACCCAAACAGUAGCUCCACCGAAACCCAAGCACAAAAUCUGUGCCGAUUAG